AUGUCCUACUUCAUGACACAGAGAGCUCAUUCGGGUCUCCUUACUCCCGGCCAAGGUGGGGCAGGCCCUCCAAGCUCCUCUCUCAGCCUCUAUGGUCCCAUGGAGCCAGUGGUGGUGGCCCCUGGAGGGCCAGGCCCACUGAGCCAGAAAGCUGAGCGUCAGGCAGCUCCCCAGUCCUGGGGUCACUCUGUACCUACACCAGAACCUGGGAUCUGCCCAGGAGGGGCUGGCUGGGAGCCGCUUCGGCGGAAAGAGUAUCAUGGCAGAUACUGCAGAAAGUUUCCUCACGUGAGGCAGCUUGAGAACGUGGGCUGGGAGGAUGGUUGCCCACGGGGCAGGGUCCCUCAGUUGGCUGGAGGGCAGAUGGGUGGCCUUGGAGGGCACGGGCCACUGCUGCUCUGUGGGCUAUCUCCAGGGGCCCUGCUGGUGCCCAAAGAGGCAGGGGGCAAGGAUCCUAGUUCCCAGCCUGACAUCUGCAUCCUCACAUUGGCUAUGAUGAUUGCUGGCAUCCCCACUGUGCCUGUCCCAGGUCUGAGGGAAGAGGACAUGAUCCGGGCAGCCCAGGCCUUCAUGAUGGCCCAUCCAGAGCCUGAGGGGGCUACUGAGGGGAGGUGGGGUCAGGCCCAGUCUCACAUGGUGCUUGGCCAGGCCCCACUGGUGGGGCCCAGGAGGAGUCAGGGUCCUGGUUCCUGCUUGUAGCCAGAUGAAAU